AUGAAUUUACCGCCCCAUUUACACGACUUCAAAACAGUUAGAUCACAAAAUUCUGAAGAAUCAUCGACUUUAGAUCUGAUUUCAUGGUUGAAUAGAACUUACAACUGCACUUCCCUAAUUGUGCUCAUAACAAAUUUAGUUCCAGUUUUAACAUCUGCUUCUUGUGUCUUGAUUAUGAAACUUGAUUCUGACUCAUAA